GUGCCGUGGGAAUGGUGUCCGGCUGCUUCCUAGCUGCACACCCCUCCGACAAGCUUCUGGCCGUUCUGUCAGGUCUCCUGAUGUAUGAGAUUGCGGCGGAGAACGCCGCGUCAAAGGACUACGUCCGGGGACCGGGAAGCUUCGUCCCGGCGUUCCUGGACGAGCUCUAUGCCAUCCGGCAAGCAGCUCUAAAGGGUGACGACAGCUGGUUCUCGGGGCGGGCAAAGAUCCAAGAGAUCAGGCUAUAGCAAACUAUAGCAUAAACCAUAGUGUAUAUAUAGAUGUAUACCGUAUACCGUUAAUAAAAGCUGCGAUAUUUGCAAUACAAUUCAG